CCUAGACUUCACUUCCCUAUUUGUAUACGCCCAUAGAAUUCUGCGCUCUGAUUGUAUCUGGCCAACACACACUGACCCAACUCACAUUUCUCCGCGAUGCGACCCGUGAGACGGUGGCAGGACAAUGCACUGGUGUUCCGGCAGGACAACUCUACGGCCAGUGCGACAGACUCGGGAACAGCAGCGUCGGCAGCGAGUGCAGCGACAUCCGACACUUCGGCGGCGCCCUCCGAUAGCUCAUCGGGCUCGUCGACGGAUGGUAGUUCCCGGGCGAGCGCAUCCCAGGGACCCACAUCAUCAACGGACAGCUCCAGUGCUGUUCAAAGUACCCCAUCCUCCGCGUCGACUACCACUCCCAGUUCUACCCCGCCGCCAUCUUCCUCUUCAACCACAUCGCCAUCCUCUACCCCACCAGCAUCAUCCUCCACUCCAUCGUCGUCGAGCUCGCAGCCACCCUCGUCUUCCAGCAGUUCUGCGUCCGCCUCGUCUACAUCCUCGUCCAAUGCCUCCUCUUCUUCAAGCAGCGCAAGCUCUACGUCCAGUAGCUCUUCUUCGAGUGCUACGCCUCCUCCGUCAAGUUCCACCUCUGCGUCGGGCCGCGAACUUACGAUAGGCACAAGCACCAUCGUUAAGACGAUCAAUGGACAAGUGACUACCUCUUUUGCGCCGAUUGUCACGACGAUGGGUCAGUCUGACUCGAGUGGGCUCUCGCCUGUUGCCAACAAAGGCAUCAUUGCGGGAUCGGUCGUCGGCGUAUGCGCCCUGCUCAUCCUCGCUCUCGCCAUGGUCGUGUUCUAUCGACGCCACCGCCACAAGAAGCUCGACUUUUUCAAGCGCGAAAAACCGAAGCCACGGAGCAUGUUACUCGCGGGCGAGGAUCUGGACGACGUUGACAUGGGCCCGCCGAUGACUGCUUACAGGGAUUACCCCGGCUCGAUGGUGUCGCAUUCGGCAUCGCCCUCUGUCGCGGGCCACAACGCCUCUGGGAGCAUCAGCGGUUCGCCCAUGAACCCCCAGGCGUCCUACUCGCGCGUCCAUGUCCCGGGCUCGCCGGUGCCGUCGCCGCACCUCAUGGGAAUGCGGACGUCGGAGGCCGGCUCGCUUUUCCAGGAGGAAGUCUGGCCGCCGCCGCGCAAGCCGUUCGUCGACCCGCUGGUCUCGACGGACGACCUCACGCGUAUUGUGGACGACGUCAUGGGCCCGCGCGAGGGGGACGGCUCGUAUCCGCCCUCGUCCUUCCGCGCCGACUCGCGGCUCCGGGGCGGGCACGAGAGCACGACGUCGUUGGACUCUGCGCCGGACAUCCCGCCGAGGGCGACACACGGACGGAGCCCGUCGCAGACGACGUUGCUGCCGCCGGCCAGUCCGCAGACACCGACGUGGCGGACGCCGCUGUUCGUCACGAAUAUGGGCUCCGAGACGCCGUCGAUCUACUCGCAGCAGAGCCCGCCACUGGGCGCGAGCAAGCACCUGUCGAGCGAGUCUGCGUCGCGCCAGCCAUUGUCUACGGAGGGCGAGCCGAUGGGCGAGGCACUAUGAUGAUGACGGAGGUCUCAUUGGACUUACUAUACGAACUGCUACUCAUCGGACUAGGUACCAUACUUUACGACGGAUUACGAUCAUUGCUCUCCUUGCACUAUGCAUUACAUACAUUGCUCAUUUCACGGUCUCGCCGGGACAUCAUCGUUCAUUUUCUGCUGCUGAUUUCUGCUGGUCGUUGUGGUGCGGUUCCAUCGAUGUACUCUACUUUGGUUGUCGGAUGAUGCAUGGACGCUCGACCGUGAUACUGACGUUGUCGCUGUCGAACUUGUUGGCCGCGCGCGACUUAGUCGCCGCACUUAACACUCGGACGC